CAUAGUACUUGGACUGUUAGGAGUGAAUGUUGGCGAGUUACACGGUAAUCUCUCACAGGCACAGCGAUUGGAGACUCUGAAAAAAUUCAAGCUGGGUCAGGUAGAUGUUUUACUGGCUACAGACUUGGCUGCCCGAGGUCUGGACAUUCUAGGUGUGAAAACUGUGAUAAAUUUUACCAUGCCAAACACGACAAAGCAUUAUGUACACAGAGUGGGAAGAACGGCACGUGCAGGACGUAAAGGAAGAUCUGUGACCUUGGUUGGUGAACAGGAACGAAAGGUGCUCAAAGAAAUCGUUAAGCAGGCCAAAGCACCACUCAAAACCCGGAUAGUUCCACAAGAGGUAAUCACGAAGUACCGCGACCGAAUAGGACGUCUAGAGAAGGAAGUUGCUCAGAUAGAAGUACAAGAAAAGGAAGAACGUGAACUUCGGGCCACUGAGAAUCAUAUGAACAAAGCACAGAACCUUCUCAAUGCAGAAGGGGAGGCAGCCCCUAAAAGGGGUUGGUUCCAGACUCAUAAGGAUCGCAUGGAUGAGAAAGAAACUUUACGACUUGGAAAAUUUUCUGGAACUAGAACUGACAAAAAGAUGGCAAAGAAAAAGAAGACAGUAAGUUGUUAAUUCUGUCAACUCUAA